AUGACAAGUUUAAUUGAUAUAAACAAACUUACUGGUCUAUUACAAUCAUCUAAAAUCAAAGACAGAAAUGAUGCUUUAAAUGAAUUAGAAAAUUUUACAAUUUCAAAAUUUAAAUUAUCAACAAAACAAUUCAAAUCAUUAAUUACUGCAAUUUUAAAAUUAAUUGAAUUAGAAGCUGGUAUUUGUUCAACUAAUAAAUCAUCAACAGUAGAUACAAGAUUAUCAAAAGGUUCGUAUAACUUGAGGUUGUUAAUUGAAAAAUCAAUAAAUUCAACUAUCAAUGUAAGGUACCGCACGUACAUUGAUUUGUUAUUAAAUGUAAAGGAGAUAUUUUAUUAUGGUGAUGAAGCUUUAGAACCUUGUUCAAUUGAUUUUAUUAAGAUUUCUUCAUCUAUUUUAUCUUUACAAUAUGUUAAAGAUCAUCUAAAUAAAAACGAAUGGCAAUUAAUUUAUAAUUUUUUAAUUAAACUGAUUACCCAUGCUUUAAAAAUUAGAAAUAAUGAGAAAAUUAUGAUUGAAUUGUUUAAUAGUUUACAAUUUUUAUUACAUUGUGAAUCUUCAGUGUCUAUAAAUUACUUACAUUUAUAUAAAAAUGAUAAUUAUUUUGAAUUAUUAUCUAUAAUUAGUAAAAUUUUGGAGUGUUUCAAAAAGGAUAGUUUAUUAAUGGUAUAUCUCAUGAGAAUUUUGAAUAAAUUGAUAAUUAUUUUAUCAACAGUCAAUUUCAAAGUUGUAAAUAAGUUAAUUAGUCUGGGUAUUUUAUUAAUGAACCAGUUUUAUCAUACUAAAUUUGAGAAAUUACAAGAUCAAUUUUUGAUAUUUUUAAACUUAAAGCCUACUCAUAACCUAAUAGACUUAGCAAAGUUGCCCAAAUUGGUUGGUGAUAAUUUAUUUUUAAAUGAAAAUGAAGAUUCAAUAAUUACUGAAGAUGAUGAUGAUGAUGAGAAUAAUAACGACCAUGAUAAAAAUAAUCAAUAUUUCAUAUCUAAACUCAAUAUACUACUACAGAACCUUAUUGACAAACUCCUAGAUAAUGGUUCAAGUUUAAACUUUGAAGAUAUUGGAAUUACAUUCACUGGUCAGAUCCAUACAUGGUAUAAAUUAAAAUCGAUCCACUUAAAAUCCCCCAAUUAUCAAUCUUGGUUAUUAUACCUUGGAGUUACAAAAUUAUUAAAUACAUAUUUUGAUUUAAAAUCUUCCGUACUGAGUCAAUCAAAUCCAUCGAACGUAUUAACUACAUCUUUUGUCAACAGAGGCAAACAACAAAAAUUAAACACAUUAAACGGUGCAUUAGCUAAUUCCUCAACAUUUAUUGAGUUUCUCAAUCGUUUAACCAGUUGUAAAUCGUCAGAAUUGCAAUUAUUAGGUUUAAAAUUUUUAAUUUUUCAUUUUGAAAAUGGUCUGCAACAAGUACAAGAUGCAAAUUUAUAUGAUUCAGAUGAAGAAGAGCAUGAACAAACUACAUUUGAUUAUUUUGUAAGUAAUGAUGGUUCUCGUUGUGAUGUAAAUAUAUUAGUUAAAAAUGUAUUAGAAACUUUUGAUCAACAAGAAUUAAAUUUUUGGAGUUUAUUAGCUACUAGAACAUUAUUGAAUAAUAAAUUAAGAGAUAGUUUCAUCUCACAAAUUUUGAAAGUUUCAAUUUUGUCAGUUAAGUUACCUAAUUUAUAUCCAGUUGCGUGUAAUUUGAUUUUUAAUUUGGUGAAUUUAGAUUUAAAUUAUUCAAAUAUAAUCGAUGACUCAAUUAUGAAUCAAUUGGAAAGUAUAAUAGAUUUAUCUGAAAUUAAUGGUCCUUGGAAGAUCUCAAAUGAGGGGUUUCAAUUUUGGUUCGCAAUUCAUAAAUUAUCAAUUGAUGUAAAUUUAGCAAAUAAGAAUAAGUUAUCAUCUAAGAUACAAGAUUGGUUGAUUGCAAAAUGGGAAUCUACUUUCAAUCCAAUGGAAUCAUUUGAAAAUAUUGAAAUUGAAUUGUUUUUGUGUUGGAUAUUAUCUGGAAAUUCACUUAUUUAUAAUCGAUCCGAAAAGAUACAUGAUUUAUAUGAUGAAUGUUUGAAUGAAGUUGCAUUAUUUUCAGAACAUUAUCAGAGUGUGGAAUCAUUCUUGACUUUGAAAGAAGAGUAUUCAAUUGAAAUAUUAGCACCUAUUGAAAUUGGUAGUAUUGUUAUUGGAGAUAAAGUUUCUCUACUUAUGAAGAAAGUUAGUAAAACAAAUUCAGUAUUCACAAAUGAAUCAAUUGAUAGUUCAUGCUCGUUUAAAUGGAUAAUGACGAUUUGCAAAAUAUUGAGUAAAAUCAUUACAUUGAAAGAUUUAACAAAUGAAACAUUUGCUUUAAAAUAUCAAGUUCAAGUUGGAUUAGAAUCAAUAUCAGAUAUAAGUUUAAGUUCAGAAGAUAUUUUCCUGAUGUUUCAUAUAUUUAAUAACACUGAUAUAGAUUAUGAAAAUGUUCGACAAUUUAUAAUUACAAAAUUACCAUUUGAUAAAUUGAUAAGUACUUUAAAAGGAGAUUAUCCGGAAGUUAGACCAAUUACUAGAAAACGAACAAUUGAAGAAGCAAAUGGAAUUGAUGCUGAAUUUUCCACCGUUAGAGAUAUAACAAGUCCAAUUUUAACAAGUACUAAAGAUAAUUAUUCAUAUUUACAAUUUAAAAAUUUAACAAAUUCAAAUUUGGAAGGAUUAAAGUUUAUAUUAAAAAUAAGUGAAUUUCAAAAUAAAAGUGAAGCUGAUAAAUUAGUUCCAUUAAUGAGUUAUAUUGAAAAUUUAAAACCUGAUGAUUUAUUACCUGCAAUUUUAUUCAUUAUAGAUAAUGUUAUUGUCAAAUUAGAAGGUGAUUUUGAAACUGUAUCUUUGAUUAAAUUAACUAGAAUACUUGGUGAUCGUUUGUUAUCUAAUCAAAUUUAUGAAAGACAUGAAUUUACAUUAGUUGUUGUAUCAAAGUUGUUAUACACUUUAUUUCCAUUGAUUCAAGAUAGUAUAGACGAAGGAUUUAUCAAAGACUUUAAUGAUAUAUGCAAUUGGAUCUAUCAAUGUGGUUUAAAAAAUUUGAUUCCAACUGAAUUUUCCACAAUUGAAUAUUGCAAGUUUUUGUUACAGUUUAUAAUUUAUAAUGAUGAAAAAUUAUACUCCAAUACUGAAUUAAAAGUUACUUUACUUACCAAAUUUGCCACAAGUCCGAAUAAUAUCAAAUAUAAAUUAAUCAAACCAAUUGUGAAUUAUAUCCAAAUUUUAGAUCUUCGACAUCAAAGUAGGUUAUACAAUGAAUUAUUUCAAAAUUUCUUUAAUCCAGAACAAUCAGUUGAAAGUGGAGGUACCUAUGCUAUAUUUUUCACUGAAUUAUCAUCUGGUUCAAGACAAAUCCUACAUCUAUCAUUAUUUAAUCUAUUAGAAUGUUCAAGAUUUUCAUUUUUCAUUCCAUAUUUAAGAAUCUGCUUAACUAAAUUCUGCAAAAUCCUAGAUGUAUUAUCACCAUUAGUAGUUUUCAAACAAUUAAAAUUCGAGAUUUUAAAAUCAUGGUGGAGACAUGAUUUAGUUCAUCAAUUUCCAUAUACCUUAUUUGGAUACUCAGAUCUACAUACAUUUUAUCGUGAAAAUUACAAAGAAUUAAUUGCAAUUGCAUUAUCUUCGAAAACAUCGAAACUUGAAUCAGUAAAUCAAUUACUUGAAACAUUGACAGAUUUGAAACAAACAAACGUUAAGAAUUUAAUAAGUCAAUCUAUGUCAUUAAUUAUUCCAUUAUCAUAUACUAAAGAAGGUGCAAGAAAUGAUGUAUUUCAAAAAUUAAUUGAAUAUUUACAAGAUUCAUUCAAGGGAGAAUUAAUUGAUAAAUUAUCAUUAAUCGUGCUUGAAAUAAUCAGGUUUACGGAUGUGUUGGAUGAGAAAUUAUUUCUUCAGUUGUUUCCAGGUAAUGAAAUUGCUUUCAAUUUAGUUGAUUCUUCAAUUACGAAAAUUAUUGAAAAACCAGGGGAUAUAAAAUUAUCAUUUGAUUCAAGUGUGGAGUUGAUUAAGAAAUUGGUGCUGAAAUAUAGUGAAUCAUUUUGGUCAUCUAAACAAAUUUAUUUUUUAAUUAGACGUGUUGAUUUAUUAAUUAAAGAAACUCAAUUAAUUGAUCAGAUAAGAUUACAUUUACGUAAAAUAAAAUUAAUAUUGGCAUUAGGUGAAAAUUAUGACUUUAUGAAUUAUGAUGUUACUAAAUUGUUAAUCAAGAUAUUAUCACCAUUAGUAAAAUACGGAGAACUAACAGAUGAUAUAAGUUUGAUAUUCUUACAGUUCAAAGGAUUGUACAAUGAUGAUUUAAAUGCUGGUGGUGGGUUUUAUUUAGUGCUAGAAAUUGUUCAAUUUUUAUUAAAUGUUAAAUCUGUGAAUACAAGGUUAGUAAUUGCUGUUGAACGAUAUCUAAGGCUGUUACAAAAAGUUUUUGAUACAUCAAUUUUGAAUCUAUUAUUACUUGCAAUUGAUUCAAUUAAAGGUAAACCAACAACCAUCAAUUCAUCACUUGUUGAAAAUAGUUUAAAGUCUAAUUUAUUAAAUCCUGAAUUAAUCAUGAAGUUAAUGUCUACAUUAUUUGAUAAAGUCACAAUUUUAGAUCAUAAAGGAGGUAGUAUAACUGUUGUCAAAACCAUUACCAACAAUGAUCUACAAGAUUUAUCCAAGAGUUUUAAAUUAUGGAUAUUUGAAUAUUUAUCUGAUUUUUAUUUACGUGGAGGUACAUGUGAAUAUGAUAAAUUAUACGAAAUGGAUGAAUAUAUUGGAAUUCCAACUGAAAAUUUUCAAAAUGAUGUAUCUUCAUUUGAUUACACAUUCAAGAUGAUUUUAGAAUAUGUUAAUUCAGAUAAUUCAGAAGCUGCAGCUUGUGCUGAAUCAGUAUUAGGUGUUUUGAUACAUAUACAAAAUACUAAUCCACAUGUAUUGCUUAAAUAUUUACAAGUUAAUACACGUCUUGAAUCAUAUCAGGAUAGUAUAAUACCAAUUGAAUUUCAUACUUGUGUUUUAUUAAAUGACACUUCCAAUGUUGAUCAUUUAGGUGAUAAUUUAAAUAAGAUAAUUAAUAAUCUUGAUGUUUUUUUAAGAGAAGAUCAAUGGUAUACUAAAUUAUAUCUUGCUAUAUUACAAGAAUUAGCAUCAUUUACAAGUAUUGUAUCAUUGAUUAGUACUUUUGUAAUUAAAGUACCUGAAUUCGCAAAAGAGGCACUUCCUUCAUUAAUUGGAUAUUAUUUAAAAUUGGUAAAAGAAGCAAAAUCUAGUAUUGUGAAAUUAUUUGAGAAUUUUAUAUCAUGUUCAAGUAAAUCUAAAUUAUCAAUUAAGAUACUCCUUGAUGUGCUUGUUUUAAUUCGAAUUGGUACAAAGUUGAAUAUUCCAAGUUAUAAAGAAGUCUACAACAAUGUAAACUUAUCAAAAUACAGUGAGCUAGCUACUGAAGUUAAAUUGUACAAAAUUGCAUUGAUCUUAUUUGAAGAUAGACCAGCUAAUUUAGAAAAUGAUUAUCUUAAAUUACAACAUAUUUAUGAGAAUUUAGAUGAUGAUGAUUUAAUUUAUGGAUUACCUGAAAGAACAAGCAUGGAACAUACCCUAUCAAUGAUUCAACGAUUUGGAACAAAUAAUGAGAAAUUACAAUAUAGUAAUGGUUUAUUAGAUGCAAAUUUAAAAUUGAAUCAAUCAUUCAAUAAUGAUAUUUUGAAAUCAAUUUCAUCAGCUGGUUUAUUUGGUGUUUCUAGAAUCAUGAGUAAAAAUUUAACAAACUUGAAUAUCGGUGAAGAACCAUAUGAAUGGAGUUGGAAAUUAUCUAAAUGGGAUUUACCAAUACCUAAAACACCAAAAUCUGAAAAUGAAGUGAUUUAUAAAGUAUUGAAACAAAUUAAUGAUUAUCCAGAUAACAUGAUAGAUUUGAGUGAAUCAUCAAUGUUGGAAUUAUUAAAUCAAAAGAUAGCAGAAAAUAAAUUAUCAAUGAGUGUUAAAGAUUUCAAAAUUCACAAUAAAAAAUGGUUAAAGACCAUUGCUUCAGUUUCAUCAAUCCUUGAUGUUGAAAGAAAUGCAGAUCAAUCAAUUAGUAUAUUCAGUGAAAAGACAAGAUGGGUUGAAGAAUUAUGUGAAUUUGACAUGUUGGAAAAUGUAUUGUUAGCUCGUCAAACUACAUUUCAGUUAUUAAAUGAUAAUGGAACAUUAAAUAAUGGUUGGUUUGGUGCUGCCAAUCAAUUGGUUAGAUAUAAUGACCUAGCUAGAAUGUGUAAUGAAUUUCAAAAAACAGUAUCAUCAACAGUUUUACUAGAUAAACUAUGUGAUAAAUUUGGAGAUGAUGAAACAAUAACAAAUGUAAACAAUUUAUCAUUAUUUCAGUCUGCAAAAACUUUAUGGUCUCAAGGUAAUUAUACAAGAAUGCCUAUUCAAAUGUUACAAGAGGUUUAUAAUAAUGGUGGUAUUAAUUUUCUGAAUCAUUCAAUUGAUAAGUGUUUAAUUCAAGCUAUGAUGAUAGAUUGGUUAAGUGAAUCACAUCAAGAAUUAUCAACAAAUAUAAUGGAUAAAUAUGUAUUAUCAACUGCUUCAAUGGCUGAAAAUGUUCGGGAUUUACCUCAACAAUCUAAAAUUUUUAAAUUAUUGGCUCAAUUUUGUGAAUCUCAAUAUAAAUCAAAAUCAUUAAGUGAACAAGUUGAAAAAUUAACAAAAAGAGUUAAUGAUAAAAUUGCUGAAAUUGAUGAAUUGAAAAAUCAUUAUAGUAAAAUAUCAGUAUCUGCAGAGGAAAAGAAAUCGGUUCAACGUUUUUAUACAAAAUUGAAAAUGCAAUUGAGUUCAGAAGAUAAUGAUUUAAAAUCAUUAAAAGAUAGGAAAGAAUUAUUUGGUAGAAAAGCAGCUGAAUAUUAUUUAAAUAAUAUACUUGUUGGAGAAUUCAAUGAAGAAAAUUUAGAUAAAUUUUUUGCAUUAUGGUUAGAACAAUCAAAUAACCGACAAUUGAAUAAUGAUAUAAAGAAUAAGAUCCUAAAUUUACCAUCUUAUAAAUUAAUCACUUGGUGUACUCAAUUAAUUUCAAGAUUGGGUAGUGAAACUACUGAAUUUCAACAAAUAUUACAAAAAUUAAUUAUUAAUAUGUGUAUUGAUCAUCCUUAUCAUUCAUUAUAUUUAUUAAUUUCAUUAGGUAAACAUAAAGAUAGUGCACAAGAUAAUCCAUUAUUAACAAGUAAAUGUUCGGCAGUUAAUAAAAUUUGGAGUCAAUUAAUGAGACAUGACCAAAAUUAUAUAACCAAUAUCCUUAAUCCAAUUACUUUAUUCUGUGAUGAGUGUGUUAUACUAGCUGAAACAAAAGUUGGAAGAGGUAGAACUAUGAAUUUAGAAAAAUAUUCAUUUGGAGAUUUUUGGAUUUCAAAUUUACCUGCAAUACCACCACCAACUAAAGAUUUACCAAUUGAUCCAACUAUGAAAUAUAAGAAUAUUCCAACAUUUAAAAGAAUAGAUAAUAAAAUAGUUAUUGCUUCUUCUGGUUUAAGUUUACCCAAAAUUGCCAAAUUUUAUUUAUCUAAUGGAAUGGUACAUCGUAUUUUAUUUAAACAUGGUACUGAUGAUUUAAGGCAAGAUUUAAUCAUGGAACAAGUAUUUAAGAAAGUUAACAAUAUAUUUAAAAAGGAUAGAGAAUGUAAUAAGCGAAAUUUAAUAAUUCGGACUUAUAAUGCAAUUCCAAUUGGCCCAACAGCUGGUAUUAUUGAAUUUGUACCUAAUUCAACAGCAUUAAUUGAUGUAAUUAAACCAUAUCAUCAAUCUUUAGAUAAGAUGAAAAUUGAAAAAGCAAGAGAAUUUAUGAAAUUAAGUCAAACAAAAUCAAAAAUUGAAAGAUUACAAGAAUUUAAUAAAAUUGAAGAAAAGAUUAAACCGGUUCUACAUUUAUUUUUUCAACAUACUUUUUUAACUCCUGAUUCAUGGUUUGAAAGUAGAAUUAAAUAUACUCAUGGAAUAGCUAGUUCUUCAAUUGUGGGUUAUAUCUUAGGACUUGGUGAUCGUCAUUGUAAUAAUAUUUUAUUAGAUAAAUCUUCAGGAGAACCUAUUCAUAUUGAUUUAGGAGUUGCUUUUGACCAAGGGAAAAGAUUACCAAUUCCUGAGACUGUUCCAUUUAGACUAACAAGAGAUAUAAUUGAUGGAUUUGGUAUAACUGGAGUAGAAGGAAUAUUUAAGAAAUCUUGUGAACAUACAUUUAGAGUUUUAAAGUUGAAUAAAGAUCAUAUUAUUUCAAUUCUUGAUGUUUUAAGAUGGGAUCCUUUAUAUUCUUGGGGUAUUUCACCGAUUAGAAAGAAAAGACUACAAGAUGAAGAAGAUGGUGAAAUUAUUUUACAACCUCAAGAUGAUGGUACUGAAGCUGGUAGAGCUGUUUCCAAUGUUAUUGAUAAAUUAAACGCUAAUGGAUUAAGUACAGAAGCUAUUAUUUCUGAAUUGAUUCAAGAAGCUACUGAUCCACAAAACUUGGCAUUAAUCUAUUUUGGUUGGUGUCCAUUCUACUAA